UGACGUCACCGGGCUGCGUUCACCGCGGCUCCAGCGCAGCGUGACGUCCAGACACUGCUGCUCCAUCCUGUCCCGAGCUGUCCCGUGCCGUGCCGUGCCGAGCCGCGCUGUCCUGUGCUGUCCCGCUGCAGGAGGAGAGACGAGCCGAGAGGAAGUUGGACUUUACGGGAAAAAACAACAGCGAACAAGUCCGCAUGAGGGACUUUAAACUUCCUGCUCUGCACCGAGUGAAGGACACGAGUCUUGUGUAGCCGUGCAGACGGGAGGUGAGCCAUGGAGGACGGGAAGCCGGUAUGGGCGCCCCACCCGGCCGACGGGUUCCAGCUGGGCAUGAUCGUGGACAUAGGAGCCGACACGCUCACCAUAGAACCACUGAACCAGAGGGGCAAGACCUUUCUUGCUCCAAUGAGCCAAGUCUUCCCGGCUGAGGACGAUGUCAACAAACUUGUAGAUGACAACUGUUCCCUCAUGUACUUGAAUGAAGCGACACUUCUCAACAACGUUCGAGUGCGUUACAACAAAGACCACAUUUAUACUUAUGUAGCGAACAUCCUGAUAGCUGUGAAUCCUUACUUUGACGUCCCCAAGCUGUACGGCCCAGACACCAUCAAGUCCUACCGGGGGAAGUCCCUGGGCACGCUGCCACCUCACGUCUAUGCUAUAGCCGACAAAGCCUACAGGGACAUGAAGGUUCUCAAGAUGAGUCAGUCCAUCAUAGUUUCUGGUGAAUCUGGUGCCGGGAAGACAGAAAACACCAAGUUUGUUCUCAGAUAUCUGACCACAACAUAUGGAAGCGGUCAGGAUAUUGACGAGAGAAUUGUAGAAGCGAAUCCUCUUCUCGAGGCCUUUGGAAACGCUAAAACAGUUCGGAACAAUAACAGCAGCCGGUUUGGGAAGUUUGUAGAAAUCCACUUCAAUGAAAAGAAUGCAGUUGUGGGAGGAUUUGUGUCCCACUACCUGCUGGAGAAGUCGAGGAUUUGCAUGCAGAGCAACGAGGAGAGGAACUACCACAUCUUCUACCGACUGUGUGCCGGAGCAUCUGAGGACAUCAAGAAGAAACUGCACCUGGACUCUCCAGACAGCUUCAGGUAUCUGAACCGCGGAUGCACCAGGUACUUUGCCAGUAAAGACUCGGAUAAACAAAUCAUGCAGAGUCGCAAGAGUCCUGAGCAUCUGAAGGUCGGCGCCCUGAAGGACCCUCUCCUCGACGACCAGGGCGACUUCAACAGGAUGUGCGGGGCCAUGAAGAAGAUUGGCCUGGAUGACACCGAGAAGCUGGACCUGUUCCGGGUGGUCGCCGGCGUCUUGCAUCUGGGCAACAUCGACUUUGAAGAGACGGGCAGCUCCUCGGGUGGAUGUGUUUUAAGAAAUCAGUGCAGCCAGACUCUGGAGUACUGUGCUGAUCUGCUCGGUCUGGACCAGGACGAUCUGCGUGUCAGCCUCACAACGAGAGUCAUGCUCACCACAGCAGGGGGCGCCAAAGGAACAGUUAUCAAGGUGCCUCUCAAGGUGGAACAAGCAAACAACGCCCGGGACGCCCUGGCCAAGGCCAUGUACAGCCGGCUCUUCGAUCACGUGGUCAAGCGGGUGAACCAGUGUUUCCCCUUCGAGACCUCGUCACACUUCAUCGGGGUGCUGGACAUCGCUGGGUUCGAGUAUUUCGAGCACAACAGCUUUGAACAGUUCUGUAUCAAUUACUGCAACGAGAAACUGCAGCAGUUCUUCAACGAGCGCAUUCUCAAAGAGGAGCAAGAGCUGUAUCAGAGGGAAGGGCUGGGCGUGAAUGAGGUCCAUUACGUUGACAAUCAGGACUGCAUAGACCUAGUGGAGGCAAAGCUGGUGGGAAUCCUGGACAUUUUGGAUGAAGAGAACCGACUCCCGCAGGCCAGCGACCAACACUUUGCUCUGGUCGUUCACAGCAAACACAAAGACCACUUCAGACUGACGGUUCCCAGAAAGUCCAAGCUGACCAUUCACAGGAAUCUCCGGGAUGACGAGGGCUUCAUCGUCCGGCACUUUGCUGGAGCCGUCUGCUAUGAAACGACCCGGUUUGUGGAGAAGAAUAACGAUGCCCUGCACAUGUCCCUGGAGUGCUUGGUGUCCGAAUCCAAAGACAAGUUUGUUCGAGAGCUGUUUGAGAACUCCAGCACCGCCAAGGACUCCAAACAGAAGGCAGGCAAACUGGGCUUCAUCAGCGUCGGCAACAAGUUCAAGACUCAGCUGAACCUGCUGCUGGAGAAGCUUCGCAGCACCGGCUCAAGUUUCAUCCGCUGUGUGAAACCCAACCUGAAGAUGGUGAGCCACCAGUUUGAAGGAGCUCUGAUUCUCUCCCAGCUGCAGUGCUCAGGCAUGGUGUCAGUGCUGGACCUGAUGCAGGGGGGGUUCCCCUCCAGAGCCCCCUUCCACGAACUCUACAACAUGUACAAACAGUACAUGCCAGAUAAACUUACGCGGCUGAACCCUCGACUCUUCUGCAAGGCGUUGUUCAAAGCUCUGGGGCUGAACGACGCUGACUUUAAGUUUGGACUGACCAGAGUGUUCUUCCGCCCUGGAAAGUUUUCGGAGUUUGACCAGAUCAUGAAGUCUGACCCAGACCACCUCGCCGAGCUGCUGCAGAAAGUCAACAAGUGGUUGAUGUGCAGCUGCUGGAAGAAAGUCCAGUGGUGCAGCCUGUCCGUCAUCAAACUCAGGAACAAGAUGAGGUACAGAGCUCAGGCCUGCAUUAAGAUUCAGAAGACUGUCCGCAUGUGGUUGUGCAAGAAGAAGCAUAAGCCACGCAUCGAUGGUAUGGUGAAGGUUCGGAAUCUGAAGAAACAGAUGGAACGGUUCAACGAGGUGGUGAGCGUGCUGAAGGAGGGCAAACAGGAGAUGGCCAAACAGGUCCAGGAGCUGGCCUCCUCCGUUGACGCCCUGCAAGCCAAGAUAAAGACCACGGUGAUGACCUGGAAAGAGAUCGACACAGAGUACCAGGGGCUGGUGAAGCGCUCGGAGCAGCUGCUCUCCUCCAUGCAAAAGAAGAAGCAGGAGGAGGAGGAGGGCGAGAGGCUGAAGCACAUCGAGGAGGAGAUGGACAAAGAGAGGAAGAGGAGGGAGAAGGAGGAGCAGCGGCGCAAACAGGAGGAAGAGGACAGGAGACUGAAAGCAGAGAUGGAGCUGAAGAGGAAGCAGGAUGAAGAGGAUAGAAAGAAGAGAGAUGAAGAGGAGAAAGUUAUACAGGCGGAGUUGGACGUCCAGCUGGCUGUGGAGCGUGAGGAGCAGGUCCAACGCACCACCGUGGUGGAGCAGGAGAGACGGGACAGGGAGUUAGCCAUGAGGAUCGCCCAGAGCGAGGCGGAGCUGAUCACCGAGGAGGGCCAGUUGGACCCGAGCCUGCGCAGCGAAGAGACUUUUUCAGAUCUUCCUAUCUCCUCAUCCUCAGCCAGAGCCAUAGGGCCCCUGGUGCAGGCCACGAAAGCCGCCGCUGGUGUGAAGAAGUAUGAUCUCAGCAAGUGGAAGUAUGCCGAGCUGCGAGAUGUCAUCAACACCUCCUGCGACAUCGAGCUGCUGGCGGCGUGCAGACAGGAGUUCCACCGUCGCCUGAAGGUGUAUCACGCCUGGAAGUCCAAGAACAAGAAGCGCGACGAUGACGGCAGUGACCAGAGGGCUCCCAAAUCUAUCACCGAUUACGCCGAACAGAACCCAGCUCCUCCGAUGACGGCCCAGCAUCAGGAAGUGGCCAUGAACCGGCAGCAGCGCUACUUCCGCAUCCCCUUCAUCCGGCCCGCAGACCAGUACAAGGACCCGCAAAAUAAAAAGAAGGGCUGGUGGUACGCCCACUUUGAUGGGCCCUGGAUAGCCAGACAGAUGGAGCUUCACCCAGACAAACGGCCCAUUGUGUUGGUCUCAGGUAAAGACGACAUGGAGAUGUGCGAGCUGAGUCUGGAGGAGACGGGCCUGACCAGGAAGAGGGGGGCGGAGAUCCUGCCCAGGCAGUUCGAAGAGAUCUGGGAACGCUGUGACGGGAUUCAGUAUCUCAAGAAAGCCAUCGAGAACAAGCAGGCCCGCCCCACGUACGCUACCGCCAUGCUCCAGAGUCUGCUCAAGUGAACCACAGCGCACAAGAUAAGCACACCAGCACCAGUCUGGUCCUGGACAUGACACCGAUACACACUCACAGACAUGCACAUGUAAAGGGCAGCGCGGAGCAUCGGUGGCUUGUUGGUUACCACAGAGAAAGAUACUGAAUCGUCUCAUUUUUAAUGUUGGUUUAUUUUCACUUUUUAUAACUUUGUUUUUUGCAGUGGAACACUUCAUUGGUGCAGCGUUAGCAUUCACUGCUUCUUCUUAGUCUGUGAUUGAAAGUGAUGAGGCCUUAAAAUGCAAUUUCACUGCACAAAACCAAGGAAGUCUUAACUGUAGCUCUAAACCUGGAACCUUAACAGUCUGUGAUAGGGACAAACAAAUAGACUUAAAGAGAAAACCUGUAGACAUGCUGUGAAACAGUUUUGUCAUUUAAGUAGUUGUCAUGUGAAUAUAAAGACUAUUAUCAUUCCCUGCCUAUAAAUACAUCUGAUUUGAUUAGAAGCAAUAAUUUCAUUUUUCAAACUUGUGUACUUUGUCUGGCUCCAGCCCCCUGCGACCCGGCCGGAUGAUGAUGGAUGUGUUUUCUUCCUCAGAUUAAUGUUAUAUACUUAAACAUGACACUCAUACAAUUAACAAACAGAAUGCUAUAUUUACACAAAAUAUAAUCUCUUCCUGUAUUUAAUUAAAUUCUCUAUCUCAGAGGUUCUCAUCAAUGGACCCUCUACAUCAGUGGUUCAAUCUUUUGCUCUUCACAGACCCAUUAACUGACACAAAUUAGACCAAAUACCUCUAUUUGACAAGACUUUUGGUUUUAGAUGUUUCUAUACAGGACGUGUAUGAAAUUCGGGACAAAAGUAGUCAUACAAUUCAUCACUGUGUUACUUGGAGGCAAUUAUAAUAAAAAAUAAAUGAUUCCCUUUUUUUGACAUCAGAUUGAAGAAAUAACUUUGUGGCUCAUUUUUAAAUCUUUUGAGAUCUCUUUCUCUCUGUAGUUGCAGAAUGUAUUUUUCUUCCAGAGAAUCUUUUUUGAUGAAUGUCCUGGUUUGAAGUAUCGUGUUUUCCUCUGUUAGCCUUCAUUAUUUUUCUUUUCUCUGUUGAAUCCUUGAUAACGUUUUUUGUAUUGUUGUUUAUUUGAUAUGUACGAGGAGAAGUGUAGAGGUUUGUUUGCAGUUAUGUGGGUUUGGGCUUGUUUUACAGACAAUAAUGUAACUGUUGUGUGCGUGUUUGUUCAUGUAAUAUUUUAUCGAUCUGAUUACUUGACUCUUCUGUUGGUUGUGUCAUGAACUUUCUGAACAUCUCAACACUCUGCUGUAACUUAUGACUCAAUGUCAUACGUUCCCUCUUUCUACUUUGGCCUUUGCUCUGGAAAACUGUAGGAAAUAAACGUAUGCUCCCCA